GUGGUAACGCCACAGAAAUGCGGCGACGUGUACCUGUACGAUCUUCCAGCGAGCCGAGGAAGUCCUGCGCCACCAUCCAGGCACGAUUCACCCUUGAACUCGAAUAACGAGCAUUUACACAACUCAGGCCGAUACACGACGAGCAGCAGAAGUUCAGUGGACAACGGUGGCGAUGUGAGCGAGUGUUACGACGUGCCACCGCGAGCUGUCCCCGUGAUUCCAUCGCCAGCCAGCAGCCCGAGUCCAGCACCGUCGUGCUACGACAUCCCCAGGCCACCUACCUCCUGCACGCCGAUCUCCAACUGCUCCGGAGGAUCCGGCGUCACGCCUCUCGAUUGCUACGACGUGCCCAGACCGUUGCAGCCUCUCACACCUAGCAGCUCGGCGUCCAGCCUCACCAACGAUGGAUCCCUCAGCGGAUCGAACCGAUCCAGCCUGGCCGCCCAGGAUUACGAUGUACCUCGAUCGCGUCUUCCAGCAUCCUCGUUACCGUCCCGGCACAACACGCCCGUGCCCAAAACACCGACACCACCGCCGCCGCCGCAAACCCAACAGAUCUACGAUGUUCCAGUCAGCAAGGAGCUUCCCCUGGAACUGGACUCCGCUUUGGAAGGUCUGCAGAGGCUGCAGAGCGAGGCGUCCGCCGCGAUAGCCAGGUUACUCGGGUUCGUGAGCCCCGUUUGGAGAACGCCUCAGCGAUUAGACGCGACCCUGAUGGAUCUUAGGCUCGCCGCGCUCAGGCUUAGAACGUCGUUGCACGAUCUCGCUGAAUUUGCCGAAGGCACGCUGGGGAACGCAGGGAAAGCACCGGACAAAGGGUUGGCCUCGAAACUACGACCUCUGGUGAAGGCUCUCCGCGAUUCCGACAAACUCGUGCAGGAAGCGGCCACCGAGCUGGACGCGAUGGAAUGGGACGCGGGCAAAUUGUGUCGCGGGGGUGGCGAUACCCCGACACCUACUAACGGGCCACCUUCGUCUCUGUUGCCACCGGUGCAACCGGAUCCGCUCGAUCAGCUGAUCGCGUGCGCUCAGGCACUGACGGAAGACGUUCGUCAGGUGGCCAGUUUCAUUCAGGGGAACUCGACCCUGCUGUUCAAACGGUCGUCGAUCAUUUCGACCGGUAGCAGCAACAACAGCGGUGCCGGCGAGGAUUACGAUUACGUGAAUCUCGACUCGAGGGAGGUGGUCGCGAAGCAACGGGAGGAAGUGAGGGCAUCGCUGCCGCAGGAACUUCGUAGUAAUUACGAUCUCCUGAUAUCCGAGUCGGACAAUGCCACGAUUCAAAUGCCACCCAGUACACCGACACCCAUGGAUCCGAACGACAAACAAUUGCUGGCUUUCUAUGCCGCCCAGGUGAUCACGCACGGUAAUCAUCUGACUCACGCCAUUGACGCCUUCAUGCAAACGGUCGAGCAUAACCAACCACCAAAGGUAUUCCUAGCGCAUGGAAAGUUCGUGGUGCUGAGCGCUCAUAGGCUGGUGCACAUCGGUGACACGGUGCACAGGAACGUGACGAGGAACGAUGUGAGGACGCGCGUAUUACAGUGCGCGAACGCGUUGAGCGAGGCGCUGGGCCAGACCGUGUCGAAGACGAAACAGGCGGCCCAAUUCUUCCCGAGUGUAUCCGCCGUUCAAGAAAUGGUCGACAGCGUGGUGGACGUCUCUCACUUGGCCAAGGACUUGAAGGUGGCCAUGAUUCACGCUGCGCAACAGCCUUGAGCGUCCAACGAUCAGACCCUAAUCCCCGACACGGGUGAAGAGAGUAAAGAGAACAAAGAAAGAUGAGAAAGCUUGCAGUUCUGAGAAACAUUUACUGUUAUUCUAUCGAGGAAGAAGCCACGUUGCGUUCGACUCGCGACAGCCCCAUCAAGUUCCUUGGAUUGAGCCUGACGAUCCUGACGAUCAAACAGUUUCUAUCCGCUGGAAACGUGGCUCGCGACAGCAAGAGCGAAAUUAAGAAUGUGUGUCGUAGGUGUUAUUCACUGCCGAUUUGGUUAGAAUAUCGCGAUGCCUGAUCAUCCAGUCAAAAGUAGGGACUUUCGUCUGACGACGAAGAGAGUUUCGAAAUAAAUUAAUCAAACAACGAGACAAGAAUUACAUAAUAAUUCACAAAUAAAACAAAAAUCUUUUGACUCGGACGAUGGCCGAGUAGAUGGUAGAAACGCGAAUUUCUGAUCGUUUGAUCGACGAGAAGAUGAACUCGGACCGAAGGAAGGGAGGAAACGCCAACUUGCUUCUUUUUUUUUUUUUUUUUUUCGCUCGACUAGAAACGACAGCCUUCCCCCUUCGAUCGCAAUAAAGAAUCCUCGAGGCCUAUCGUUACUUAGAGAUACGCAACUGCCAAAGCCCACAGGUAAUGUAGAAACGUAAGGGGAAAAAAAAGAAUGCUCCUUCGAGGCGAGCGUGUGUUUGUAAUGUAUCUGGAGAAAAAGAAUAUAGAGAACGUAGACUUUUCUAGGAAACCAUGUAACCGUGUCGUUCAUUUAGCUAGAGGUGUGGAAUCAAUUAUGCGACGUAAAGGACCGAUAGUACGUGUAGAACGUGUGUUCGAAAUCAUUCUCGUGACGUCGGUGUAUUGGGUUUGCUUGGAAACGAGGAUCAUUUCGAAGUUCGAUGACGCAGAGUGUUAAUCAUCGCCCUAGAUGUGUUAUAUCGUGUGAUGAAAGAAGCUCGUUAAAACAUUUUUUCGUUUGGAUGCAUAUUUACAAUGCAAUUGUAAACUGCGACGAAUUUCACAUUCGUUGAAUCAAAGUGAAAGGAAGCUAAAACGUAGAAAUUGACGAGAAUGAAAGAGACGCAAUAGCCUAAUGUAUUCACUGCCGCCAGCGCAAGAAAGGAAUUUUUUGUAAUCGAAAAAUACUUUGUAACAGCGACCUGUCUAGGAAAUUCAAAGAGCACAAGAAACGAAGAUGUCUUUUUAGAGGCCAAUUUUAAACGAAUUUUAUACAACUUUAUCGCCGUGUCACGACUUUUUCGUGCCAGGCCCUUUUUACAGGCUCUUCCAGCAACACUAAUCUCGAUCGUAAAACGCACACUGGUGACUGCCAAAAAAGAGAAAAACGCCAUCGGAUUUGUAGACUGUUUUACAAUCAUUCCAAUAAUCUAAUUCGACUGCAAGGCGGCACUCCCUUUACAGGAGCGACACACGAUAACAAUAACUUGGAAACAAUACGAAACGAUACGCCUUAUACACGGUCAUUUUUAUCGAUUGUCGUCGGCCGACGCUCCUGCCGAUUAUAAAACUUUCACAGCGACCGAAUCGUUCCCUUUUUCGUAGACGUUAGAGCGUUAGAUCAUCCUGACGUAGGAGCUUCGAAAACUUUUAUAAUCGGCAGGGCUGUUUCUUUUUCGUUAAAGGGACAAAUGUUUAUGAAAAGUACGAGCAAACUCUGUCUGAUUUCGCUGAAUUUCUUUCGAGAUGUAAUUUAUUUCCGAAAAUGAUUUUCUCCGAUUAAUAGCGAAGAAAUCAUGUUCGUAGGUGUUACGAGAGGUGAUCGACCACCGCGCAUUUCUGACGCAGCUUCAAAAUCGUUCGAAAUAUUUUUUUUUUUUUUUUCGUCUUUCGUACGGAGGAAAAUGAAAAUCGUGGAAAUGUCGAAAAAAGGGGGAGAAAAAGAAAACUAGAAAGAAAGACGAUCAUCCGGCACUUAAAAAAAAAAAAAAAGGAGUGUUUACCACGAUAUAGCUUGUACUUUAUUUUUUAGAGAUUAUAUAAUCGGAGCAUAUCGCGCGAACAUGAACCUCGUUUACGAGACUUGUAUUAUAAUUUAUUGGCGGAGCGCUUUUGUAAGAUAAAAUGCAUUUUUUCAGGCAGUUAGAGUUUACUGUAUAUUUAGAAUUUAUACAUAGGCGAUAUAUCAAUAGGUGCUUGUCACAUUCUCGUUGAAAAUCGUAUUCCGAUUGAUCGUGACGUGCUAUUAAGCGAGAUGAAUUUUCGUUCUCUUCUCGAUAUAGCUAAUUGAAAA